AUGGCCCCGCCGUGCGCCGGGGCGCUGCGCUGCGCGCUGCUCUGCGCGCUGCUCUGCGCGCAGGGGCCCGAUCCCACCCGCGCAGAUCUGGGGCUGGGGGACGGAUGUUGGCCCUGUCCUCACCCCUUUCCCCCGGCUUUGGCAGGAGAGUGCGGCGAGCUGAGGUCCUGCGAGGCAUGCAUGGCUGGCACCGCCUCGCACAAUGCCACCAGCUGCAUCUGGGUGGGCUGCGGGAGCCCCGAGGAGCCAGAGAUGGGGAGCUGCGUGCAGAGAGGGGCGGCAGCGCGGGAGACCUGUGUGCUCUACAACACCAGCACCCUGUGUGGAGCGCUGAAGUCCCCCACCGAAGAGCCUCCAUGGUCCCAUAGCAAGGAGCCGGUGACGCACUCCCCACGGACCACCACAACCAGCGCCCCCCUGACAGGUAGCCCUGAAUUUCACCCGCCCAGCUUUGACACGGCCAGCUUCAUCGGUGGCAUCGUGCUGGUGCUGAGCGUCCAAGCCGUGGUCUUCUUCAUCAUCAAGUUCAUCAAGUCGAAGGACAGCACCUACCAAACGCUGUAA